CGCAACAAAAGAUUUUUUUGAAGCCCGCAGUAACCCUCUUCCAGUUUACGAAAUAUUUUACCGGUUUUAUGCAAUUAUCAUUGGCCCGGCAGGGACUGCAGGCGAUCGAAUCCUCAGCGUGACUAAUGGGGUUCCAAACCGUGCUGGUGUGCUCGAAGGCGAGUCAGAAGCCAUUGGUGCAUGUCGUUUCUCACUACAUUUUGGCAAGCACACAUUGCAAACGAUCCCAGUUAUGAACGUCAUAGUUCUGGCGUUCAACCAAAACUUGUUGUCCUCGUGGAUUGUAAGCAGAUGGUAAUUUCUGCCACGAAGACCGCUACUAUCACUCUUCGUGCAACUGUUGAAGUUCCGAUGUUUGACCUGAAGACUUGCUUAGGUUUGCCCUCAUUUUCUGGAGAGUUCUGGUCUUCUGCUUUGCGCGAAUCAUUUUUUAGCUGAAGAAUUUGAUUAUUGUCAGCUUAACUGUAUCAGGCUAAUGCAAUACUACUUUACGUAAAGAGCGAAGGGUCACUGUCGCACCUUCCAUCCUAUCUGUGUAGUAGGUUUAGAUCGACAGCAGAGAAGGCAUCCAUAGGAAGAUGAAAGCCAGUGUACUCGGCGGCACCACCGCCGUGAUAGUUGCUUUCAGUUUGCUAUGCACUGUACCUCAUGCCAAUAUGCUGCCCAACUGCGCGCCAGAAGAUGGAGAUAUUCGGACAUAUGAAAAUUGGAUAUAUAUCCAGCCCGAGAUUGAUGAGAAAGCAGCUACGUUGUAUUCGGGUACCGCAAAACGGUACAACAAGACCUUCACGUUCACAUCACCUUGCCAUUUGUUAUUCAAAGCGAUUUCUCUGAUGUACUUUGGAUCAUGCUCCGUAGCAGUGAGUUUAGGAAGUGAUAACAACAUCAAGUUUCUUCAGACCCUUCCUUUUCCAGCCUCGCGAGGACAGCACUGGAAUACUGGAUUGGAGCGCUUAACUGUAUCUGUUACCAAAACCCUCCAAGAGUACAUGACGGGGAUUAAAAGAAGGCAGUUGAUGAUAUCCGUUUAUGCUAGAAAGGCACAUUGUGAAAUAUACCCCGUCGAGCACAUUGCACUAGCACGAGGAUUGACCAUUAUUGCCCAGGGAACCGUCCUUUCUGGACGCAGUCAUCCGUGGAUCAUCGCUUUUCGUAAAUCGACAAUCGCGCGAAAUAGGCCAGACCCGAUAAAUCAGUUUUACGAGAAUCACAACUGUCCUGACGGCGCUGACCAGGAACCUACGGCAGAACUGACGGAUCCGGGUCUGUACUCGGCCGUUGGACCUGGUUACAGCCAUCCAACCAACCGUCCCAAGACACCUCCUGAUAAAGCUGCUGCUCUUUAUGACAGUUGUACGGAGAAUGAGACUUACACUUAUGCUACCCGUGAUGGUUCUGCGCCAGCGAAUUAUAUCAACACGGAAACGAGGCAGAAAGAUGAUGGUGAGCCAUACGCCAGCGUGCAGCCUAUGUUUGAUCAAUCAACCGAGGACGUGCAGUCACAUCCUAAAAGCCAGCAAACAGAGACUGCCAGACAGGACGCCAAAGAAGCUCCAGCCGUCUGCUACUCAGUUCCUCAAAAGGAGGAUACGACAGGUGUUCGCAGACAUUACGAAAACGCAGAGGAGCGCACGGCUACUAAGCGUGAUGAACAACCCCGCACUACACAUUCAAUCGAAACCAUAUGUCGUGCUACGGAUGUAAAAUCACUUCGCGUCUUAUCGAAGUCCGCACAAUCAGCCCAACAUAACCAUAAGAAGUGUAUCAAUCCAGAUGAUGUGGAGCGCCGUGGUCUGGGUUAUGCAACACCAGUAGUAUGUCGCAAUGCCGCAACCACCAAUACCAGCACCAACCAGCAGUCAUCUCGAUUAUCCCUUCCAGCCACAUAUCCAUCGACGCCGACUGGGUCAGACACCCACAGAUGUGUGUCUCCAUCUCAGGUUCCAAGGCCUCUGCCAUAUCAGGUAUUCAAAGUACUGAAAGACAGCCAAGGCGAUUAUACUAACCAACAGGACACAGUCUCCAGCAACGGGGCUCAACAAUCUUAUACAGACACAGACCCUAACAUCUAUGCAAAACCAGCCCUCUCCCUCAGCGAUAACAUCUUGUUCAACGCAACGACCCUUGGCAAAAGAGAAGACGUGGGUGGUACCAGCACUCUGCAGGUUAAUCCUCCUGAUCCUUCUGCCAUAUAUGCUGUGCCACAGAAAGCCAACGGGGAAACAUAAAGCAUGUUCAUCUAAUAUUUGUUCGGUGCCAGUUCACUUUCGCUCGCUUGCCACUAUUUCAUAUUUUCCAGACGAACACUAUAAGGAUUGUUAACCGCACCAAAGACUCCCAAAAUCACUUGUUUUCACACUUUGUUUCUAAUUCGAUUUGCGGAAAUCCAACAAGUGAAAUCAUUCACCUACUGAACACAAACAUACCUCCCCCCUCCCACACCACAACCACCGUGUAAUGUUUUAUUGGACUAUCCUUUUUCCACGUUUCUUGAUCCUUCAAGGGUGGUGCCAUUCCUACGGAUUCAUUCGGUAAACUCGGCAUCUGGCCGAGUCUGACGCCAACCGUGAUUUGUUUUUCCUCAGCCUCACCCUGCCACCCGAUUCUACCUUUUUUCCAUGUAAAGUCGUUGAUUUUUUCGAAUCGAUUUUUUUCUUCCACAACCGCCCGCUCUAUCUGCGCUGACCAUACUGCUUGCCUGUCAGUAACAACUCUGCUUGUUGCAUGCAGUUAAUUGAAGACUUUUUGUUUCUUCUCGUCUUCCAUGUCACAGUUAACACUUGUAUUAUUUCAGUGCCAUUGUUUCAGGUUUUAUUAUCCCUUA